UUUUUCUCCCCGUGCAGCCCGAACUCCUCAGCUGGGCCCGUGGCUCACCUGGCUGGGCAGACUCUCCUACUCCGAUCCGCUCCGCGCGCCCAGCUACCGCCACUAGCCGAGCUCUGGUUGCCCAGGUAACUCGGGACGCGCGCGAGCCGGCGGCGGAAGGCGGGUGCGCGGCGUGAGUAGCGCCUGCUCAGCUCAGUUGAACGCGGAGGCGACGCGCAGCUAGAACUCCGAGAGGAGUGGCUCUUCAGCCGCGGCUCUGGUGCCGCUCUGGGCUUAGCCAGUGAGGAGCCAGGGGGUGUGGUCCAGGGAAGGGGCAGGUGGACUACUUAGGACCGCACCAGCCACUGGACCCGGCCUCCCCACGCGUAUCUGUCGUGCGUACGUUUGCAGCCUGCCGCAGCCCGGGCGUUGGGGGUAGUAGAGCGGCCACCUGGCUACGCCAUGGUGACCCCCUGCCCCACCAGCCCCUCUGCCGGAGCAGGGAGGCUAGAGAACAACCAGAAUUUUCGAGCCCCCGUGAAGAAGAACAGGCGCCCGCGCCUCCGGAGGAAAGAGCCGCUUCAGCCCCGGAACCCCUGCACGCCCCGAGGAGACUCCGGAGUUUGCGACCUUUUCGAGUCUCCCAGCUCCGGUUCGGACCUUGCAGACAGCCCCGCCGAGUCGGUGGCGCGAGACUGUAGCCCCCUGCCGGGUCGUGCCCGGCCGCUGGAGCCGCUAGAUCUACAAACCUUCCGGGACUACGGCCAGAGCUGCUACGCUUUCCGUAAGGCUCAGGAGAGCCGCUUCCAUCCGCGGGAGUCUCUGGCGAGGCAGCCACAAGUGACUGCGGAAUCCCGUUGUAAACUGCUCAGCUGGCUGAUCCCAGUGCACCGCCAAUUCGGCCUCUCGUUCGAGUCACUGUGCCUGACAGUGAACACUCUGGACCGCUUCCUCACCACCACACCAGUGGCUGCAGACUGCUUCCAGCUGCUCGGAGUCACCUCUCUGCUUAUCGCUUGCAAACAGGUGGAGGUGCACCGACCACGCGUGAAACAGCUUCUGGCCCUGUGCUGCGGAGCCUUCUCCCGGCAGCAACUCUGCAAUCUCGAAUGCAUCGUGCUGCACAAGCUGCACUUCAGCCUGGGUGCCCCCACCAUCAGCUUCUUCCUGGAGCAUUUCACUCACACCCGCGUGGAGGCCGGACAGGCUGAAGUCUCCGAAGCCCUGGAAGCACAAACCCUGGCGCGGGGGGUGGCUGAGCUAAGCCUGGCUGAUUAUGCCUUCUCUAGCUAUGCUCCCUCCCUGCUGGCCAUCUGCUGCCUAGCGCUAGCAGAUCGCAUGCUGCGGCUUCCACACCCGGUGGACUUGCGCCUGGGCGAACACUCAGAGACAGCGCUGCAGGACUGCCUGGGAAAGCUGCAGCUGCUGGUGGCCAUAAACAGUACCUCUCUGACUCACAUGCUGCCCCUCCAGAUUUGCAAGAAGUGCAACCUGUUCCCAAGCUUGAAAUAAAGCAGACCCUUGGGCUUC